GAGGGGUAUAAAUAAGGUGGAGUCGCUCUCCGUGGUUCUGAAAAAAGGCAGAGAGUCAUACACGGAAUCCCCACAGUGAGGAGCUCCCCUCGGCAACUAAACACCGAGGAGAUUUCACAAGAAACUAGAGCUGUGAACCGGGACCUGGCAGAAACCCAAGAAGAAGACGAAGAAGGAACGGGGAACCCCGCGCGGGAGAACAAAUACACCAAAUACCCUCUGUUUUUCACAACAAGUCAGUCUUUGAGUGGCAAUGACGAGCUACAACCUCACCUCAAGUGUCCUUACUCUUCUCGUCUUCAUAACAUUUUCCCGAUUCCAUUUGGCUGCUCAGAACCCUGAUGGUCAAGAUGAUGACAGAAACCCAUACAGAAAUAUUUUUCCUGAUAUGACAGUAACUAAAGAUCAGGAAAAAAGUGGCGUGAAGAACCUACAGGAAGACGAGGCAGAUGAAGAACUCUUUAAAGAUGUGGAUCCUAAAACUCUGGCUGCGGUUUUACUGGAGGCUUUGAAUCAUUCGCUGAAAAAUGUGGAGAGUGAGCAGAAAGGUGACGCUGGAGAAGAAGAAAACCAACAAGUGGGAAUGAUGGAAGGAGCGGACCAAGACAGAGGUGGACGACAAAAGUUAGAGCUGCUCAUGGCCACGCAAGAGAGAGAACAAGAAGAAGAGGAGAGAAAGAAAGCUCAAGAGGAAGAGGAGAAGAUGACUGAGAAGGUGACAAGUCUUACGAAGAGUCACACAAUUCAGGUCCCUGCAGAGCCAAAGUCCGCCAAUCCAGAAGGAGUUCUGGAAAAUGUAAAGCAAGGAGGCAGUAGCUCUGAGAAUGGCGAAGAAGAAGAGCAGCUGAAUUCAGAGGAGCUGAAGAGCCUGGAGACCAUGAUGAAGGAGUUUCCUCGCGUGGAUACUGUGGGGAAGAGGAAGGUGGACUCAGAUCAGAAUUUGGGAGACAGCAGAGGUUACAACAUCAACAACUAUUUCAUAACAAUCAGUAAAGGAGGCAACCUGGCUAUGUCAAAAAAGAAACUGAAGUGGCAAGAGGAGACACAGAAGGCACUGAACCUGCCAUCAUUCAGGGAAGGGAACUUUAUGGACGAUUUUGUGGAUGGAAAUUAUGAGAGAAAUUCUAUACAGUCCCUGGUGCCUCCAGCAGAGCCGGAGGUCAUGGAGGAGGAUUCUCCUGAUGUUCCUCAAGAUGAGGAUGAGAAAGAGGAGGAAGAGGCUCGAGCCAAAGCAGAGCAGGAGGAGAUGAGAAGGCAGGCAGCCGAAGCACUACGAGCCAAGAUAGAGGAAGAGAAACUGGCAGACAUUGCUUCUGACAUGCUACUGCACUACAUGGUCAAGCAGAGAAAUGGGAACAAGAAGUACAAUCCUUCUCUGUCCAAUGCUGCAGAGGACAAAAGGUCUGAUGAGGAGCAGGAGGUAAAUCAGGAGGACGACAUCGAUCCCCAGACUAUCGACAAGCUGAUCGAAAUAUCCAGCAAGCUCCAUCUCCCCGCUGAUGAUGUGGUGGACAUCAUCAGUGACGUGGAGAAGAAGAAAAAGAAGGACAUGACUCCACUCUCAUCUUCUUUCUUGUCCAAGAAUAGCUUCAUGCCAUCAAAGGUGUCUGCUGAUAAGACAAGGCUACCGGCUCCUGCUGUCAAUCUCCUCAAAACCUGGUUUCAGGGCAAGACACAUACAAAGACAAAGGAUCACUGGAGCAAACCUGUCAGUUCUUUGCUGUCCAAUCAAAACAUGUGGCCUAAAGCUCUAAAGCCUCUCUCAUUUAAACAGGACAUUUGGCAUAAAACCCCUAAGUCUGUUUGGACUGGCUACCCAUCGUACCCCAUAAAUUACCCGUUCUACUACAAGAGGAAGCUCUACCCAGACUACUACACCAUUUACAAGCCAUCACCUCUUCGACCCAAACCGCGCUACUACAUUCCAAAACCUUUUGCCCUCAACAGAUUUCUGGAUGGUUCUGCUAUCAAUGGCAACAAGUUCGAAAACAGAUACCGCUAUGAGGGUUGGGUCCAACCUCAGAUAAGAAUGCCUCCUUCUUCAGCACAGUCUCAACCUCAACCUUAUUACAAGAGCUAUCCCCUACCACUCUACCCACGUACACUAUUUCAGCCCCUUGCACUUCCUGAAUCACGGUCACUGCCUAGAUUCCCUGUGAUGGGUCCUCUUCCUAAGGAGAGAUAUUACUCAACCCCCGUACCUGCAGCCAUGCGAGACAACAAGUAUGGGACUGGAAAACAAUCAGAUAGCAGUAGCAGCAGCAGUCGUGCUGAUAUUGAGAAAUACAUAAGACAGAUCCUCAUGAACAGAGCUCACCAGUUGGACUGAUGCACAAAAAGGAAGAGAUGGAAAGAAAUUUAGCAUAAGGAUGAAAAAUCCAAAUGGACAGUUUCAUUUAGUUAACAAUUUAUUUUCCUUUAUGCAAGUUUCUCAUUAUGUUUUGAUGAGAUUGUAUAUGAACAAGGACAUCAUAGAGGAUGUUUGUCUCCUCCCAGAGGUAUUCUGGUUGAAAAGGGAAUAUAAGAUGGAAAAUACAGAGAGGUAGUCCAUCAGCAUUUGCUCUGAGAAAGAGGUGUUUGAAAACCAGGGACGGUCCUUAAGAGAAGCAUGACAGGGAAGAGAUUUGUAUCAUGCCGAAACCUGUCAUCCAAAUUCACAACGUGAGAACAUUCUGAAUUAUGGACAUUGUUUAAUGCCAACAGGAGAAUGUGUGAACGUUGUGAGUUGUAUUUUUCAAUAUACGUCGUUCUCAGACACAGAGAAAUUGUGGACACUCAUAAGCAUGAAUCAGGAAUUUAAAAUUGAAUUUAAGUUAUGGUAAAUAACCUUUAUUGUCUGAACACAACAUAAUACAAAAAAGCAAAAACUACCAAAAUGUUUUAAUCUGCCUCUAAAGAUUUGCCAUUUGGUCUAGCCCAGUGGUUCCCAAACGUUCUCUGCUGCGCCUCUCCUUGGUUUAUAAGAAAAUGUUUGCACCCAUUUACAAAAUUUACCAUUAUUAUCUUACUAUUCUUUUUGGCCUAUUGUUGUGUACAGUUUUAUUGAGUAUACUGAUAGGCUGAUAGGCCAUGUCAUACCAAAGUCCAAACCAGGCGUGGGCAAAGUUUUUGAGUUGCAGGCCACAAUUGUCCUAAAAUUGAACGGGGGGCCGGAUCAGGAGCAUAUAGAUCAGAUGAACUAAGAUAAAUGUAAAUGUCAUGCAUAAAGGCUAAAAUGCUGAAAUGCUUUUGUAAUGUUCUACACCAUCUAUUGGGGAAACGUUGGUAUUGCAGGGAAAAGGUGGAAGUAUAAUAUUAAUAAUUAUAAACCACAGUUUGGUGGGCCGGAAUAAAAAGCUGAAUGGGCCGCAUUUGGCGCCCGGGCCUUAGUCCGUCCAUGCCUCGUCCAAACUCCUUAUUUAAUUUAAGUUCACACACAGGUUCAGUGGCAGCCUCACUAACAUCACUGCAAUGCUCUUGAUGACUCACCCUUUUGCAUACUUCAAUUACCUAGUUGCCAUGGUGCCAAACCCCAGUCAAACUUCAUACAUUUCACACCUACAGAGUGGGCUGCAGUGGUAGAAACAUGUUGGUCUUUAUGCAAAACGCCUCAUAGUCCUGCAUUUACAAAAGAUGAAACUAACAAGGUGUUGGUCAAAAAUAAGUGUAAUGUUUUGGUCCAUCAAUUAAAUGUUCUUGAUGUAACAGUUUAGAAGAUGAAGUACUAAGACAGAGUCAGGGUUUUGAAUCAAACAGCAGAUUAACAAGUACAUUAGGAAAAAGUGAAAGAUUAAUCUAGAAACACUGAGGUCAGCUCUAGUUUACACAAAAUACACCUGACUUUUUAUCCAUUAAUGUGACAUUUUCAUUAAAAAAAAAUAAAAAGCACACAGAGGUGAUAGAAAUUAUCCUGGAUUUCUUUUUAUGAGUCAUUACCGAUUUAAGCUAGAUUCUUUUUUUCCCUACGUUCUGCUGUCCCGGAGUACCGAUUCUUUCGCUUGGCUUAGAAUUCAUGCAGGCACGGCGGGACUUUAUUUUCAUGGGCACACCAUCCGGCCAAUCAUUUGUGAGGACAGACUAGGAUCAUACCUUUAUGUGAAAGAAGAAAGGGUAGACUAUUUUAAAUACAAGGACUUUGAGAAAAACAAAAAGGAAAUAGCAUUCAGGUACAAUUUUAACAACAUUUGAGGGCAAAUAAUCACAGGAAGUAGAAUCUGAGGCAUCAGGUUUUCUGAAUGCCAACCUGUACUAAAAACUAAUUGGCAUAAUGUUGACGUUAUUUAUGUGAUUGGGUUUGAGUAUUUUUUUUAAACAAAAAUGCAUAAAAUUAAGGCUUUCAUAAUGACACUGGAUGAAAAAUUGCUUACCAACAAAACAAAUAUUCAUAAGUGCUUAACUGGGCUAAAAUAGAAGAUGUGCAUGGCAUGCUGGAGGAGAAAAGACGAUAUUGGAUUAAUAAGGGUAUCAGCAGAAACUCAAUUAUAGUAAUUUUAAAAGCACCUCGGUGGACCGUUCUUUAAAUGAGCUGAACUGUCCCUUUAACCACAAAGUGUCCCUGAGCUCAGUGAAACUCUGCUAAUCUGACCGUAAUUUGUCACAUUUGAUUGACUCAUCAAUCUUCCUUUUGCCUUCAUUGCAGUGUUUUAGAUUAGCACUAAAAUUCUGUUCACAUUUGUCGGUGGCACCUGUGACAUCGGGACUGAUACUGUCCAUAAGGUUAAGACUAAAAUGGAAGAAGUUCAAAUCAUGUAAAACAGUUUUUAAAUGAUCAUUUAUCUUUUAGCUGAUGCUUCAAUAAGACUACAAACCAACACUAACUAUAAAGGUGCAAAAAGGGGGUAAAUGUUUGAGUUUGAGCAUAAAUUUAAAAAAUAUGUAAAAAAAAAAAAAAAAAAUAAAGCAAAAACCAUGACACUGGUGUAACUUAAAGUCAAUGUUGAAGUCAUGUAUACAACUAAUACUGUCUAUGGUCUUUCUAGAUGUACCCUGUUGUAACCAUCGUAAUAAACAUGCAUUUGCUGGA